GAAUAUUGAAGUCAACCACCUGAGAGGAAUAUGGCAUCGAGAAGGAAGUACUCAUGAUGGCGCUAUAUGGCGCCACUUUAAUACUCCUAGUUAGUCUGGUCAGCUCGACUUCACUCGCCGACCAAACCAAAUGUCCUAGUCUAGCAGCCAAUCCGUCUUGCCAUUGCUUCAACUUCGAAAAUGGGAUAUUUCUCGAAUGCCCGGCAGCUACCGCUGAAUCACUCAAGUCAGCCUUGGAAAUCAUUGGUGGUCCAAUUCAAAGCCUCAGUGUAUAUGACCCAGAUAAAACUCUGGUUAGACUACCGAAAAACUUCUUUCCUGAAACAUCGAUCAUCAAGCACUUACAAAUAUCUCAAAGUAAUAUACAGGAGCUGCACGACGACUGCUUGUUUCAGUUGAAACCACAACUCGAAUCUUUCAGUUUAGUUUCGGGACGCCUGAAAGAAAUCCCGCAGAAAGCUUUUAAGGGUCUGAAUAAGCUGAUUGCACUUGAUUUGGAGGCCAACGAAAUAAACGACCUGCCUAGUUACAGCUUUUACGGACUUCGUUUGAUCAAGUUGAAUAUGAAGGGAAAUGAAAUACAGAAGAUUUCUGAAUACGCUUUCGCCGGUCUAGAAGAUUCCUUAUCAGAAUUGGACAUGGCAGAAAACAAACUUCAGACUUUUCCAAUCAAAUCGCUGCGAAGACUCGAGAGAUUGCGACAUUUACGACUAGCCUGGAACGAAAUCCGCGCCAUAGACGAUGACACCUACUCCAGACUACCGUCACUUUUCUACUUAGAUCUGAGUUUCAAUAAUUUUGAAAACCUUGAAGAACAUUCCUUCAGAGUCAGUCCCGCCAUCCGCACCCUGUCCUUGUACUAUAACGUCAUCGAAAAUAUCCACCGUGACAGUUUCGCCAUGUUGUUUGAAUUGCAGUCGUUGGACUUGAGCCACAAUAAAAUUGUUUAUUUGCACCCGUCGUCUUUUCAGAAAAACAAGAAAAUUCGCUCUAUCGACCUGAGCCAUAACCACAUCCACUACAUCAGCGGGCUGUUCGUCCACUUACCGGAUUUGAGGGAGUUGUUCCUCUCUGAGAACAAUAUUCUCGAGAUUCCUUCAGAUGCCUUCACGGAGUCAACGAAUUUGUCAGUGAUUUACCUCCAGCAAAACGCUAUUCGAAGUAUCGAUACCGAAGCUUUGACUACUUUGAUUAAUUUAUCACAGCUACAUUUGAGUUCUAACUUCUUACCGCAUAUCCCCCAUCGCUUGUUCCAACACAACUCUAAUUUGACAUCGCUCAGUCUCGACAGUAAUUGGUUGUCGGAGUUGGAACCCACCACCUUCGACAAGUCCCUCAACUUACGUGAGAUAAGACUCCACAACAACAAACUCCAAUCCGUACACCGAGGAGUGUUUGAACCCCUGCCGUCGCUGCUGGAACUGCAUUUACAAAACAAUGAAAUUGUCUCGAUCGAAUCUGGAGCAUUCCGCACCCUGCAGAGUCUUCAACACGUGAAUCUACAAGGGAAUAUAAUCACGGAACUGGGCGAUGUGUUCAUGCACGACUCCCCUUCUCUUGUUUCAAUACAACUGGACUCGAACCGUAUAACUUCUCUCCACAACGACUCGCUAGUGGGCCAAUCCAGUGUUCAAAUAAUAUGGUUGGGGCACAACCGCAUCAAGAGUAUAGACCGUGCCAUUUUCCGCGAUCUAAUGAUGAUACAAAGGGUUUAUUUAACGAAUAACAGCAUUUCCCACAUCGAGGAAAAGUCGUUCGAACCAAUGCAAGCAUUGAAGUUUCUAGAUCUCAGUAUGAAUCGGUUGUCCCAAAUAACUGUAACAAGUUUUGCCGAGCUGCACGAGCUAGAGGAGUUGUACUUGUCACGUAAUUCACUGAGCAAAAUUGAACCAAAAGCGAUGACGAACCUCAAGAAACUGAGAAUCCUCGACUUAUCGCACAACCCUCUGGCGGUGCUUCAUAACGAUAUCCUACAAGAGGGUUUACCUAUAAGGACACUCAAUCUUUUGAAUUGUUCAAUAUCAACUAUAGAACCGGGUACCUUCAGGAGACUCAAUAAUCUUAAUGAGCUCAAUUUGUCUGGCAACAAACUAACUUCUGCUGACUUGGAACAUCUGGAUAUACCAGGAUUGCGAGUGUUGAAGCUGUCUAAUAAUAAUUUCAGUGAUUUACACAGCUCCGUUCUCAACGAUUUACCCUCACUGCAAAUUAUCUCCUUGAACGAGUGUGGAAUACGAAAAGUUCCGGAGAAUAUAUUUUUUGAGAACAAGAAUUUAUUGAAAAUAGACUUGAGUGGUAAUUAUAUCGAAGAACUAGGGUACAACAUGUUUUUGAGUUUGAACGUUUUGAAGGAAUUGAAGCUAAGUGGUAAUUUGUUCAAAACCAUUCCCUACACUGCCUUUCUCAACAUAUCUACUAUGGAAACUUUAUCCAUCGCUUUUAAUAGCGUGACUCACAUUGACGUUGCUCGUCUGAAUGGUCUACCGAAUCUCAAGGAAAUCGAUUUCAGUAAUAAUAUGAUAUCUUCUCUGACUGGAUUUGCUUCGGCUAACUUGGUCCACUUGCUCGCCGUAGAUUUAAGCAGUAACAGUUUAGCGGCACUGCCUGCUAAUUUUUUUCACCAUUCCACACUGCUGCGUAGAGUAGAUCUAUCGUAUAAUCGUUUCAAACAAAUCCCGAAUUCUGCGUUGGCAGAGAAUACUCUCCCCGGACUGAGAUGGUUGAAUCUAACGGGGAAUCCACUCGUGCGGAUACACGAUACAGCCGUAGCUCAUAAAUAUCCCUCUUUGGAAGAAGUUCAUAUAAGCUCAACAAAUUUAAGUAUCGUAACCAGUAAGGACUUCGAAACAUUCCCUGCUCUUCUCCACAUACAACUCGGGCGAAAUCGCAUUUCCAGGGUGUCUCCGGGGGCGUUCGGCAAUUUACCCCACUUGCAAACCCUCGACUUGGGAGUGAACGAGUUGGAACUGAUGCCGCAAGAAAGAUUGAAGGGCUUGACACACUUGCGACUGCUGAAUCUCACUCACAACAAAUUGAGAGAAUUGGAAGAAUUCUCGACCGACCUGAAAUUACUUCAGAUACUUGACAUUUCAUUUAAUCAAAUAGCUCGCAUCAGCAAGACCACAUUCCUACAUCUGGAGAACUUGGCAGAGCUGUACCUUUACGGGAAUUGGAUAUCGGCGGUGUCUGGGGACGCCUUCAAGCCUUUGAAAAAACUCAGAACGCUCGACUUGAGUAAAAAUUACUUGGAAAACAUUCCUUUGAAUGCCUUCCGGCCACUGGAAACGCAAAUACGCGAUCUCCGAACUGAAGAAAACCCACUAUCCUGCAGCUGCGAUUCGCAGGAAUUAUGGGAAUGGCUACGUGAUCAUCAGAAACUGGUUGAAAGGGCCAACACUGUUGAGUUACGUUGCGAACACCCUCCCGAACUUAGGGGUAGAGUGUUUCUCGAUCUCGAUCCCGAACAAUUUUGUGAUGAACCGAUGGUCAUUAAACUUGGAAUUCAAGAUAUACAGCCCUUCUCAGUGCUUGUGUCGUGGCAGAGUAGAAACCACUCAGGAUUGAAUGGAUACCAAGUAGCAUAUUAUUCGAUGGACAGAGUGGAUGAAAUGGAGGUCCUUGGUAGGAAGUUGGACCGCUCAUCAAGAUCGAUGAAACUCUCCAAACUUUAUCCAGACACUAGAUAUGUGAUAUGCGUCCUAGCACUCGGAAACUGGGCAUUUCCUCCAAGAGAAAUAGCCGAAUCACGACUGGGAAUUCGUGAACUCGACAACGAUACGACACGGAACGAUCUCGAAAUCUUCAGUGAUUCUAUACGGCCUCUUCUUGUGGACUCGUCCACCAGCAAGUGUGCUGAAGUUAGUACUUUGGCUGCACCCGGCAGCAUGCACAUAGGUCUGGGAAUGCUUCCCGAUCACGCUUUUGGAGUACAAUCCAUCCUAACUAGACGAUUGGGACUCAUAAUUGGAUGCUGCAUGGGAUUUGUAGUAUUCAUAGUGUUGGUUUCUGUGUUGGGGUACCUCAAAGUGAAGAAACAAAGGAGGGCGAUAAAAAGAGACCAACCGAUACCUUCUGAGUAUCUCUCUUACAGACAUUUCUCGAUACAGAGUGGGGGAACUGGGGCACAUCCAAAUUUCAUUACGAAUAUAAACACUACUGCUCUUAAUUAACGUUUUUUUAUGAAAAGUUCAUCAGUGUUCAGUCACGUUCUCGUUGUCUAUUUCAAUUUAAAUGAAUGAGCGGCUGAGAAUUCACCAUCACGCGUUUCGUGAUUUCAUUUCGUGAUUCGUCAUUUCAUUUCAUAUCAUUCAUUAUUCAAGGGAUCCUCAGAAUAAUGUGAAGUACAGAGGAUUUCAAAUAGAAAUAGCAUUAUGAAUCCUGUAUUUUGAAAUGAUGAUUUUCAUUAGUUCAACGUGACAAUUAUAUGAUCAGAAUAAUAUU